CCUACAUACUACAUAGUCCCUUCCUCACUGACUUGACCCCGCCCCCUAGUGUACUCCGUAGAAAUUACCUAAAAAGUGAAACGCGUUUUCGAAUUUCAUACGCGCCUUUCGACCUUUUAGUACCUCGGUCUUAUCUUACUUCACUUACACGACUAUUCAUCUCAUUUAGGCCUUUAUAUCGGUAUACGAAUUUAUCAAAAAUGUACGGCGAUCUGGGAAACAAACUCGUUCAACAUGCAAAAAGAACUCAAAAUUUGUCACACUUACCACCAUAUCAGACUGAACUAGUACGUGCAGCCACACGAGAGGUUCGCGACUUGGAAAAAGAUGUGGUAGAUAUGUUAGAACCGUUCCAGGGGUCCUUCAACCCAGCCGACAACCAGGCUACGGCAUGUACUCUACUUAUAAACCAUUUAUCCAUGCGGCGGAACAAGCGUUGCCUGUUAGCUUAUCACCGAACGCGAGCAGACAGGCUCGAAGAGCUUGUAUGGAAAGGCUACGACGUAGUUGAUCUUGCCGGGCAGCAAGUUAGGGACGGCCAAGGCGGACUCAACGGCACCCCGGGUAUGGCAUCUAGCAAUAGUGGUACGAGCAGCUUAAGUCCGCAGGAGGAAGAUUACGUGCGACAGUACAGCGAUCUACUAGCUGCUUAUAAAGGCCAAUGGACAGAUAUCGAUCUUACAGGAAGUCUCGAACCUCCUCGCGACCUCUUCAUUGACGUACGGGUGCUAAAGGAUGCGGGCGAAAUCCAAACCGAAUACGGCGCGAUCACGCUUACUAAAAACAGUCAAUUUUACGUCAGGCAGGGUGAUGUAGAACGUCUGAUCGCCCAAGGCUACCUCCAAAAGCUCAGUUGAACGGACCUGGGGUGCAGUCCGUCCUAUUUAAUGUAUUCUGGGGAAGAACCACGCCUCGUCUAGACAUCAGAC